UUAUGAAUUAUGCAAAAUGCAAAACAACUGGCUCUGGGAAGACCUGGGAAUGGCGGGAAUAACGCAAAAUCUUUUGGCUGGGAACUAUAACUUAUCAUUUGGUUUUAAUAGCAAUUCAAACUCUUUUUCAAAUUCUUUUUACUUGUGCAAGCAAAAAUUUAUAAUGUCGUUUUAACGUUGAUAUAAUAAUAUAUACCUUCCCAACGCACUGAGCUAAAAAAAACUGGAAAUCUGGGUUAUAAAUUCAAUGGGCUUCAAAAAGGUUAUUAAAUCGAGUAGUCCACGUCCCUGAACAGAUGGCUUUGCCUUUAGCCUCACCUCAGUCAUAUCCAGUAGGAGCUCAGUUCGCAGCUCAUUCCAUACAGUUCGGGUUAUAUCUUAAAUAAACAAGUCAAAUCGAAACGAGCUAACACAAUGCCUAAAUUUCCGACCAAACGUUUCAACAACGAAGCUGCUCGCAACAGCCACACACCGAAUAUCGCGAGGUAUACCAACUCACGGGCUCUGCGCUCCGUCUACUGCCAGUUGCCUGGUGCGGUGGGCGGCCAGAGAGCAGGUGGAGCAAGUGAAGCUGGUGUUGCAACUGCGCCGGCCACAACGGCGCAGGAACAACCAACCACACCACCACCACCACCAGCACCACGCGUGUGGAACUGCAACAAGCCCAAGGUGGCGAAGCCAGCGAAUAGGACCUACAACGUCUAUGCCAAACGGCAGGCAAAUUCCAUGGGCAAAGAGAGAUCCAAGAUGAGCAUCAGGCAGUGGGCACAUCCCCCGUAUCCCGUGCAUCGUUCCAAGGAGGAGAGGAACAGACAGAAAGAAAGACCACGCAACUUUGAUGCGUUCUUUGUGCCCUUCGAACCACUGAAGUCCUUGAGCCAGUCGUUCUUUGUGCCGCUAGAUGACAAUCGAGAAAUGCCCCAACCCAGGCGUCAGAGAACCAAAGAAGAGAUCCUCUCAGCAGAGGCUGCAGUCCAGGAGGAGCCGCCUUCUAGAUCCUUUCAGCGGCUGCUCCCAGCGGGAGAGCGUUAUGCUCUGAAGAUCGCCGAAAUGGCUAGCCUGGUGGCAAAGGCCAAGUGCCACCAGCGGAUUCUGAAGGCCAGCGAGGAGAUGGAAGUGGAUGAUGGGCGACUGAUGCUCCAACGCUCCCGCACGGAGACGCUCUUCUCGACCUUCGACUGCGACGAGCUGCUGUACAAGUACGCCUGUCAUCUGCCCUAUGUCCGGGAUCCGGCGAAUCCCAACGGUACACGGCCGAGGCUGCCACGAUAUCCGUCCCAAUUGACGAUCUAAAUUGAAAGGCAGUCAUCCACUUGGCUGCAUUUCCACUUCCUUAAAUUUUGUUAUUUCCCGAGUUGGCGCCAAAAAAAAAUGUUUAAUAUGUUUUGGAUUUUCACUGAGACCCGAGGUCCUUUCGGGUCAUGCAGGAUCGGUCCCGCCUUUGCAUUUAAAAGACUAUCCUGUAGACAGUGAAUUAAAGUAUAUGGUAUUCCAUUCAAACGUCUUUUAUCAAAAGGGAAACUAAAGUCCUUAUUUUAAGGGUGUGAAAGGGUUUUCAUCUAUUGGAUACAUAUAUAGAUUAAGUUAAUACUUGUAAAACAUUUACAAUUUGGAGAAAUCGAAUUGAAAUAUUCAUUAAAUUUCUAAAUUGAAUGUGAAUAAGCAGUACAUUCAUAUGCACUCAUUUAAUUUGGUACAUCCUUUGCCCAUUUUUAAUUCCUAACAAUUGUCAAAUCACACACUUUAAAACCCUAUCCAUUACCAU